GUCAUCCGUCUGCAAGAUGUCAGGCCCCAAAUAUCGUGUUAAGGGUGACCUUUGGGGAGUCGUGGGCGCCUGCUUGCAGGCAUCUUAGUUUUUCUUGGCCCCUCUGGAGGAUCUGGCUGGGCUGGGCGGGGCAUUGUUUACCACAUCCCCUUCCCCACCCCUUGCCUGGCCUCAGACAGACACCGCAGCCUCUGCUGGUGGCCCUGUGUUUCAGCAGAGCACAGCUGUCUGCCCACUUCUCCUGUGAUAUGCCUCAUGGUCACUUGCCUGUCUGACCACAAGUCUGUCCAUCCCUGGGGCAGCCAGCUGGCCUCAGCCCGUGCCCCAGCAGUGCUCUAUCUCUGUCUGGCUGCCCCAGCCCUACUGUCUCCCUCUGGGUAGGUUCUGCACAGAUGCCUGGCUGGUCCUCAGCCUCAGGACUAUCUCAGUGGUGAUUCUCCUGAUUCUGGACUUGCACCUGACUGAACUCCUGUCCACCUCAAACUCACACCUCCCGCCACCACGCUGAGUCCUGCCGUGACUCCCACACCCAGGAGACCACCCAAUUGCCCCAGCCUGAGGAAUGGCUUUCUGAGGAAGACCCUGAAGGAGUAGAACUCCAGGCACCGUGAAUGAAGACGUGGAGCCUUAGAAUGCAGCUGAUGCUUUCCAGAGAGAUUUUUCAUUUCCUUCUAAAUAGAAGCAUCUGCUUGGGACAACUCAUUCUAAGCUUCUCCUGUGCUGGUCUGGGACACACAGCAUGCCACGGGGCCUGGCUGCUCCCUUACUCCUGCUGAUUCUCCAUGGAGCUUGGAGCUGCCUGGACAUCACCUGUUACACUGACUACCUCUGGACCAUCACCUGUGUCCUGGGGACACGGAGCCCCAACCCCAGCAUACUCAGUCUCACCUGGCAAGAUGAAUAUGGGGAACUUCAGGAUCAAGAGACCUCCUGCAGCCUGCACAGGUCUGGCCACAACAGCACACAUGUAUGGUACACGUGCCAUAUGCGCUUGUCUCAGUUCCUGUCCGAUGAAGUUUUCAUUGUCAAUGUGAUGGACCAGUCUAGCAACAGCUCCCAAGAGUGUGGCAGCUUUGUCCUGGCUGAGAGCAUCAAGCCAGCUCCCCCGUUGAAUGUAACUGUGACCUUCUCAGGACGGUAUGAUAUAUCCUGGGACUCUGUUUAUGAAGAACCUUCUAACUACGUGCUGAGGGGCAAGCUACAAUAUGAGCUGCAGUACUGGAACCUCAGAGACCUCUAUGCUGUGAGGCCCGUGACCAAGCUGAUCUCAGUGGACUCAAGAAACAUCUCUCUUCUCCCUGAAGAGUUCCACAAAGAUUCUAGCUACCAGCUGCAGGUGCGGGCAGCACCACAGCCAGGUACUUCCUUCAGGGGGACCUGGAGUGAGUGGAGUGACCCCGUCAUCUUUCAGACCCAGGCUGAGGAGCCCGAGGCAGGCUGGGACCCUCACAUGCUGCUGCUCCUGGCUGUCUUGAUCCUUGUCCUGGUUUUCAUGGGUCUGAAGAUCCACCCGCCUUGGAGGCUUUGGAAGAAGGUCUGGGCACCAGUGCCUACCCCUGAGAGUUUCUUCCAGCCCCUGUACAGGGAGCACAGCGGGAACUUCAAGAAAUGGGUUAAUACCCCUUUCACGGCCUCCAGUGUGGAGAUGGUGCCACAGAGUCCUACAACAACAUCAGUCUUACAUCUGUCAUUGUAUCCAGCCAAGGGGAAGAAGUUCCUGGGGUUGCCCAGUCUGGAAGAGCAACUGGAGUGUGAUGGAACACCUGAGCCUGGUCACUGUUGCACAAUCCCCUUCACAGCUGGCCAAGGGGUCUCGGCCUACAGUGAGGAGAGAGACCGGCCGUAUGGUCUGGUGUCCAUUGACACAGUGACCGUGGGGGAUGCAGAGGGCCUGUGUGUCUGGCCCUGUAGCUGUGAGGAUGAUGGCUAUCCAGACGUGAACCUGGAUGCUGACAGAGAGUCUGGCCCUAAUGCAGAGGAUCUGCUCUUGGUCACAGACCCUGCUUUUUUGCCUUGCUGCUGUGUCUCAGAGAGUGGCCUCAGGCAGGGAGGCUCCCCAGGCAGCCUAUUGGACAGGUUACGGCUGCCAUUUGCCAAGGAAGGGGACUGGACAGCAGACCCACCCUGGAGAACUGGGUCUCCAGGAGGGGGCUCUGAGAGUGAAGCAGGUUCACCCCCUGGUCUGGACAUGGACACAUUUGACAGCGGCUUUGCAGGUUCAGACUGUGGCAGCCCUGUGGAGACUGAUGAAGGACCCCCUCGAAGCUAUCUCCGCCAGUGGGUGGUCAGGACCCCUCCACCUGUGGAGAGUGGAACCCAGAGUAGCUAGCGUAUAAUAACCAGCUGUAAUGAGAAGAGGCCAGAAGCCUGUGAUCUUCUGGUAGGCCUCUGAGCCUGACAGUUACAGUGUGAAUGUCCAGGGGUGUGUGUGUGUGUGUGUGUGUGUGUGUGUGUGUCUUGGGUGUGUGUUAGCACAUCCAUGUUGAGGUUUGGUGUGUUGCUAUGUAUUGUAAUGCUAAAUUCUGUACCUAAAGUUCUAGGCCUACGAGUGAAUUCUCAUGUUUACAAACUUUUGCUGUAUAAACUUGUUCCUUAAUUUAAUACUAUUGGUGAAAUAAAAUUGGCUACAACUAA